UUCCGGAAGUGCGUCACGGGCUCGGGCCUGUCUCCUGAGUCGGCCCGCUCGGAACUUCGGCUCGAAACAAAACAGAGCGGAGCGGCGGGCGGGGCGGGGCGGCCGCUACUAGUUCCUUGCCAGAGAGUUUGACCCCAGAGAGUCGCCAAGAUAGCUGGGCCAGGAAGAAAACGUCGCACCCCUGACCCAGACUCCAUUACCGACCCUGGUGGGCCGUUUGUGUCAUCCAAACGGCUGAAAAUGUCCAGCAGCGCCAAUGCCCCUGGCCAGAGGAAAGUAUCUCGGGGCUUGGAUGAUGCCGCCAACAAGAAGAAGCAGAAGGAUCGAGCCAACCAGGAGAGCAAGGAAGUGUCUCGCCCUGAGCUCGAGCAGGCUGAGACUGCCCAGGAGAGGGACUCAGAGGAGGAGCUGCUGCUGGACUGGAAACAGAGUGCUGAGGAGAUCAUCGUCAAGUUGAACUUGGGCAGUGGAGCUCUGAAGGUGGAGGAUGUGGACGCUGCUUUCACCGACACAGAUUGUGUGGUCAAACUGCCAGAUGGGCGCCAGUGGAGCUGUCAGUUCUACGAAGAGAUUGAAAGCUCCUGCAGCAAGGUCCAGUGCAAGAAGGGCAACUUCCUGCAGCUUGUGCUUCAGAAGAAGAUCCCAUUCCACAGCUGGGCUUCGCUUCUGAAGAGACGAAAGGAUGGAUCCAAAGAGCUGGCCAAAGGGACCAUAUGCUGGGAGAAUGGGAAGGAGAAGGCUGCCGCUGUAGAGGUGGCCCCUGAAGAGCCAAGAGCUGAAAGUGCAGAGCUGCCGAGGUCGAGGCGGGAGCCCUCCAACCCAAAGCGUGCUCAGGGAAGAAGCGAGGCCCUGGGAGGGAAAAGCCCAGCCAGCCCAGGGACGCAGAGUGGCCCCAGCGCCAAGCGGGCAGUAUACCUCAAAGUGGCUCCAGCUGAAGAGGAGCCAAAUACCAGGGUCACUGGGAGCGUGGAGCCCAGCAAAGGGCACAGCGGGAGGUCAGGCAGCCGUCGCAAUGGCAGAGCCGGCCAAGGCGAUGUGCCCACAGCCCUCGCAGACAUCGCACCACCACUGGAGAAGGCUGCAGUCUUGGCAAAGGAAACUGGUCCCAUGGAGAUGCCACCUCUCGCAACCACCACAGAGGUGUUCCCCCACCGCAUUGCCACCUGUGUGGAGAAGAGAGUCCUGCAGCCAGGCAGCCCAGGCGAGGCCUCUCGGAGCCAGGACUGCACGCCUGUCCUGGGAGAAAGCUCUAAGGCUAUCCCAACGCCCACCCCUCCCCUGAGAAGAGACUGCGAGAAGAGAGACUGGUCCAAGGAUGAUGUGGCCCUGGAAGCAGCAGCUGAUGAGCCCGAGCCCAUAGUGAGCCUGACCUUUGUGAAGAAUGACUCAUACGAGAAGGGCAACGACCUAGUAGUGGUGCACGUCUACGUGAAGGAGAUCCACAAGGAGACAUCCAAGGUGUUGUUCCGGGAGCAGGACUUCACACUCGUGUUCCAAACAAGCGACACAAACUUCCUUCGCCUCCAUCCUGGUUGCGGGCCCCACACCGUGUUCUGGUGGCAGGUGAAGCUCAGGAACCUUAUUGAGCCGGACAAGUGCACAUACAGCUUCACAGUGUCUCGCAUCAAUGUCUGCCUGAAGAAACGCCACAGCCAGCGCUGGGGGGGGCUGGAAGCUCCAGCCGCACGAGGUGCAGUGGGUGGUGCAAAGGUUGCCAUGCCUACAGGCCCUACCCCGCUGGAUAAGAGCCCGCCAGGCAGUAACCAGCACCCCCUGUCCAGCAAGGAGGAGGCCCGAGCCAGCGAUAAAGAGAAGCCGCGCCUGGAGGAUGGGGGCCUGGACGGUGUGGCAGCCCGUACGGCCUCAGAACACGUGACAGUGAAGCAAGAGCCUCACAUCCCCUCUCCCAAGCCGACAUGUAUGGUGCCGCCGAUGACGCACAGCCCAGUGAGCAGCGAGAGCGUGGAGGAUGACGAGGAUGAGGAUGAGAAGAAGAAGGUGUGCCUGCCUGGCUUCACGGGGCUGGUGAACCUGGGCAAUACUUGCUUCAUGAACAGUGUCAUCCAGUCCCUGUCCAACACCCGAGAGCUACGCGACUACUUCCAUGAUCGGUCCUUCGAGUCGGAAAUCAACUACAACAACCCGCUGGGGACGGGGGGCCGCCUGGCUAUCGGCUUCGCCAUGCUGCUACGAGCACUGUGGAAGGGCACGCACCAUGCCUUCCAGCCCUCUAAGCUGAAGGCAAUCGUGGCCAGUAAAGCCAGCCAGUUCACUGGCUAUGCACAGCACGAUGCUCAGGAAUUCAUGGCCUUCCUGCUUGAUGGCCUGCACGAGGACCUCAACCGCAUCCAGAACAAGCCCUACACAGAAACAGUUGAUUCAGACGGGAGGCCUGACGAGGUUGUAGCUGAGGAGGCCUGGCAGCGACACAAGAUGAGAAAUGACUCCUUUAUCGUGGACCUGUUCCAGGGCCAGUACAAAUCCAAGCUGGUGUGCCCAGUGUGCUCUAAGGUGUCCAUCACCUUCGACCCCUUCCUGUACCUCCCGGUGCCCCUCCCACAGAAACAGAAGGUGCUGACUGUCUACUACUUUGCAAAAGAGCCGCACAAGAAACCUAUCAAGUUCCUCGUGAGUAUCAGCAAGGAAAACUCCAGUGCCAUGGAAGUACUGGACUCAGUGGCCCAUAGUGUGCGUGUGAAACCAGAGAACCUGCGCCUGGCAGAGGUGAUCAAGAACCGCUUUCACCGCAUGUUCCUGCCGUCCCACUCACUCGACACAGUGUCCCCCACAGACCUGUUGCUCUGCUUCGAGGUGCUGUCCCCGGAGCUCGCCAAGGAGCGAGUGGUGGAGCUGCAGGUCCAGCAGCGUCCGCAGGUGCCCAGCGGCCCUGUCGCCAAAUGCGCGGCCUGCCAGAAGAAGCAACUGUCCGAGGAUGAGAAGCUCAGGCGCUGCACGAGGUGCUAUCGAGUCGGUUACUGCAACGUGGCAUGUCAGAAAACACACUGGCCGGACCACAAGGCUUUGUGCCGCCCCGAGAACAUCGGCUUCCCCUUCCUCAUCAGCGUGCCGGAGUCCCGCCUCACCUAUGCGCGCCUGGCCCAGCUACUGGAGGGCUACGCGAGGUACUCAGUCAGCGUGUUCCAGCCUCCGUUCCAGCUGGGCCGGAUGUCGCCAGAGCAGGGGCUGCAGCCUCUGCUCCCGGACAAGCUGGAGCCCCCAGCCAAGAGCAGCUGUGCGGCAACCACCUCCGCCCCGGAGCUGGGGGAUGGGGACAGGGCUUCCAACUUCCCGCAGGAGCCCCCCCUCUCGCCACCUGUGCCCGAGCUGCACCCAGAGCUGGGGGAUACCGGCACUGUCAGGAGCAAAGUGUUGGCACCCAGGAGUUCCCUGCUGAGCUUGGAUUCGGGCUUCUCUGAGCACAUGGAGUCACAGAGCGACAGCUGCUGUGAGAAGGAGCCAUCCUAUGAGAGAGCCCUCAAGCCAGAAGCUGCCAUCCCUGGGUACCAGCACACUCCAGACUCGCUGAGCGCCCGUGCCACGCAGUUCUACAUCAACAAGAUCGAUGCUGCCAAUAAAGAGCACAAACUGGAAGACAAAGGCGACACCCCACUGGAGCUGGCGGACGACUGCUCCCUCGCCCUAGUGUGGAAGAAUAACGAGCGCCUCAAGGAGUUUGUGUUGGUGGAGUCCAAGGAGCUGGAGUGCGUGGAGGACCCGGGCUCGGCCAGUGAAGCAGCCCGUGCAGGCCACUUCACCCUGGAGCAGUGCCUCAAUCUCUUCACCAAGCCUGAAGUGCUGGCCCCAGAAGAAGCAUGGUACUGUCCCAAGUGCAAGCAGCACCGUGAGGCCUCCAAGCAGCUGAUGCUGUGGCGCCUGCCCAACGUCCUCAUCAUCCAGCUCAAGCGGUUCUCCUUCCGCAGUUUCAUCUGGAGGGACAAGAUUAAUGACAUGGUGGACUUCCCCGUCCGGAGUCUGGACCUGAGCAAGUUCUGCAUCGGCCGGAAGGGCGAGCAGCAGCUGCCCAUGUAUGACCUGUAUGCUGUGAUCAAUCACUACGGGGGCAUGAUCGGCGGGCACUACACGGCGUACGCCCGCCUGCCCAGUGACAAGAACAGCCAGCGCAGCGACGUGGGCUGGCGGCUCUUCGAUGACAGUACGGUGACCACCGUGGACGAGAGCCAGGUGGUGACCAGAUAUGCCUAUGUCCUCUUCUACCGCCGGAGGAACUCUCCUGUGGAGAGACCCCUGCCGGGGCACCCCCCAGACCACCGACCCGAGCGCACCCCCUCCGCCGAAGCUGCUGCCAGUCAGGCUUCUCUGAUCUGGCAGGAACUGGAGGCUGAAGAGCAAGACCUGCAGCUCGAGGCGCCCCAAAGGCCUGCAAGAAACUCCUGGAGGCCCCGUGGCCAGAAGAGGAGUCCAGGCACCCCCCAACACCUGGACGAAGGUUGCGUCAGAUACUUCGUCCUGGCCACUACGGCCGCAAUUGUGGCUCUCUUCCUGAACGUGUUCUAUCCCCUCAUCUACCAAACCCGCUGGAGAUAGGCACGGGCACGCAGCCAGGCGCGGUGGGAGCAGGGCCCUCACUGUCAUAGGACACUGCAUGAGGAAGAGGUCCGCUGGAAGGACAGAAACCUCUGGGAAGGACUCACGCUGCUGGGAUGAACGGGCUUCGCCGAGGGAAGCACGGGGCCAUCACCUCUACUCUGCUUGCUCCAGCAUCUCCCAUGCCAGCUGGCAGGGCUUUGGGGCCAGCCCGCGGCAUUGCCAAGGCUCAGCGCAAACCCAGGAGUCUCUCAGCUCACCCUGUCUCGUGGCUACCUGCUGCUUUGGAAGGGACAUCGCCGCUGCAGCAGGGCUGGAGCCUGGGAGCCCUAUUAGGAACAUUGACUGUUUGUACCUGGCAUCUGGGAAAUGAGGGGAGACCUGCCGAGAGGCUGCAGCAACGAGCAGGCUGCCGUGACGCAGCUCCUGCCCCUGACGCUUCUCGCAUUUGCCUGCGCCGUGGCGUGGUUGCAGGAGCCUCGCACUCCCGACGGCUGGCACAGCCAGCGGCUGCCAGGGCCGGCGUGAUCCUCACGAGGUCGGGCGCACCCCGUUCUCCUGCUUGGCCUCCCACUGAGCGUCCUGGGGCGAGCUGCUGGGGCACCGAGGGCUGCGGGCGCCGUGCCCCUGUGCCGAGGCGGGACAGGCUCAGCGUGGGGGCCAGCCCAGGUCCCCGCUUGGCUGGAGCUGUGGCGUGUGCUGCUUCUCAUCCCCCAGGGCACUUAGGAGCAGCUGCUGGGGAACCUUGACAAGCAGUGCCAGGGGCUCCCACGGCAAGCACGGACCUCCGUGGGCCCCGCUGCCCAAGGGACGCGUGGACUGUCCUUGCGUGACCCUGCCUGGCUGUGUCCAGGGGGAGCCGGGGAGGCACGUUGCAGUUUUUUGUUCUCGAGGGGCCCCUCUCUCCGUGGGAGCCCGGCUGCAGCUGUCUGGUCCCAGGAGCGGCGGGGGGGAGAGCAGGUAGGACUUAAGGUGCGGGAGGCCGGAGGGAAGAGCUCUCCGUUGCUCUCCGCACCCUGCAGGGUCCGUGAAUAAAGCCAGCUCUUCUGAAGA